CAAGGCUGUCGGCGACUGUGAGUCCUCGCUGCGCUCGACUGCCGCCCAGCCACCAUCAUGCCGGGCCUGAUCGCCAUCGUCAAGGCCGCGGCGGCGAGCACCGUGCUGCUGCUCCUGGCUGGCGAUGCAACCAUGGUUCUCAUGCGGGGCAAUGUGGAGUCGGCGCUCAGCCGCCAGAUCGCCUCCUUACAACAGGAGGUACGCGGCCUCCCGGCGGGCGGGAUGGGCAUGAGCAGCAGCCACCUGCGGCUGGGCCGGCUCAGGGCAGGCUCGGGUGGCGUGCGGCCAGCCGUGCUACCCUGAUGUGCGCUCUGAGGCUGCUCAAGCGCCAAACCGUACAUACUCCCUUUGUCCAGUGCCCAGACCGACGCGAUCCGCGGGCCACUAGCCGGUCCCACGGCUCGCAGCGACCCCGACGGCGGGGCGUUGCUGCCCCAUGAGUUGCCAGCACACACCGCACUGUCCCGCGGUUGCAACGCGGGUGGACCGCCAAGGAGCACGCCGAAGUGCCUUGCCCUUGAUAGUCCUUCCCGUAGAGAGGCGAGGGAGGAGCCGCACCGCCUGUAGCAGGCUGGCUAGCGGACCACUCUGUCAGUCCAACGCUACGCGUGUGUCGGUGCCGUCGUCUGCCUUGCCGGCCGACCGGCGCCGAGUGUCUCCUGUGUCGAAGCACACUCCAACACGACGAUGUCACUGUUUGUCACUCUCGCCAGACGCUUCGUCUGCAUCGCGUGUGAGGUGCGUGUGUACUUUUUCAACGAAAAGGUGAUUGCCCAAAGA